GGCUAAGCCUCACUCAAGUUUUGCAAACAAAAUAAGACUUGCAAUAAUUCCAAAAUUAUUUAUUACUGUUUUCAUCUUUAAAGUUGCAUUAGAUAUACACUUGGAAUCAAUCAAAUUUAAUUUUGAUACAACCUCCGGACAAGAAAACAGCGAAUACCUCACAGUGAACUUCGAGGGUCGCCUUGGGAAUUUAAUGUUUGAGUAUGCUGGACUAUAUGGAUUGGCAAAUACAAACAAAAAGCUUCCUUACAUGGAAAUAGCUCCAGUGACGAUGAAGCUGAAAAAGAUAUUCAAUCUGAGUGUACCACUUAUGGAUGAUGAUAGUGUAAAUGAUGUGCAGGAAUAUCAUACUGAUCAACUAAUAUGGGGGAAAUAUUCAAAACAAUGGAAUUCUCUACCGAAGAAAAGAAAUCUGAAAAUAUUCUACUGGUUACAAUCUUUUAAAUUUUUCUGGCAUGUCAAGUCUCAGAUUUUGCAAGAGUUCCAAUUUUCUUCUACUAUAAAUGAAAAGGCGGUUGCAAUUUUACGAACUGCCACGAUGCGAAAAUCAGGCCAACCAAAUGUGACAUUGAUUGGGGUACAUGUGCGUCGAGGAGACAUUAUGAUACAGUCUAAUCUCCGCAGAGGGUAUGUACCAGCUCCAAAAAGGUAUUUCCAAAAUGCGAUGCAUCACUUCAAUUCAUCUUAUCCAAAUUGCGUAUUUAUUGUAUGUACAGAUGACAUUUCUUGGACAAAAUUACAUUUUCCCGUCAAUAACAAUAUAAUAUUCUCAGCGAGAUCUGCAGAAAUAGACUUGGCAAUUCUGUCAAAAUGUGAUCAUACAAUUAUAUCUACAGGAACUUUUGGUUGGUGGGCUGCUUUUCUAGCUCA